CAUAAGCUGUGACUCCCAUUGGCUGCCGGAGCAGGUAGCUCUCCUCGGUGCUGAAAUCGCUUCUCGUCCUGAUAAUGUAAACGGCGAUGAGACGAAACGGAGCGCCUGCCAGCAAACACCAAAAUGGACGAUGAUCUGUUCCAACUGAGACAGCUGCCUAUCGUACGAUUCCGUCGCACGGGGGAGAGCACACGCUCCGAGGACGAUGGUGAGAGUAGAGAGCAGGCGUUCAGGAUGGCGGAACAGACUGAACUGGAGUCUGUGGCACUUACAGACGGAGCUCCAGUUCCUCGGGAGUUUGCCAAUCCAACUGAUGACACAUUCAUGGUAGAAGAUGCCGUAGAGGCCAUCGGCUUUGGGACAUUUCAGUGGAAACUCUCCAUCCUCACUGGUCUGUCCUGGAUGGCUGAUGCUAUGGAGAUGAUGAUCCUCAGCAUCUUAGCCCCACAGCUUCACUGUGAAUGGAGGCUUCCCAGACUUCAGGUGGCAUUGCUUACAUCGGCAGUGUUCAUUGGGAUGAUGAUAAGCUCUUCUCUUUGGGGAAACAUAUCGGACAAAUACGGCAGAAAGACGGGUCUGAAGAUGAGUGUGCUGUGGACUAUGUUCUACGGGGUUUUGAGUGCAUUUGCACCUGUUUAUGGCUGGAUCCUCGUCCUCCGUGCACUGGUGGGCUUCGGCAUUGGAGGAGCCCCACAGUCGGUGACACUGUAUGCUGAGUUUCUGCCGAUGAGGUCCAGAGCUACGUGCAUCUUGCUGAUUGAGAUAUUUUGGGCACUGGGCACGGUGUUCGAGGUCCUCUUAGCCAUCCUGGUGAUGCCCACUCUAGGCUGGCGUUGGCUGCUCGGCCUUUCCACCAUUCCUCUCUUCAUCUUCUCCCUCCUGUGUUGGUGGCUACCAGAGAGUGCUCGGUACGACGUGCUGACAGGGAACCAGGAAAAGGCUCUGGCCACAUUGAAGCGCAUCGCCACAGAGAACGGAGCACCCAUGCCACUGGGAAAACUGGUUGCUGACAGACAGGAGGAACGAGGAAAGAUUCAAGACCUAUUUUCUUCCCAUUUUCGCUGGACCACAGUGCUGCUGUGGUUUAUUUGGUUUGCAAAUGCCUUCUCUUAUUAUGGGCUUGUGCUGCUCACUACGGAGCUCUUUCAGGAGGGAGGUGCAUGUGGAAUGUCCAAAGGUAACAAGAAAGAUCUUCAAUGUAACCUGGAGUGUAAAUAUUUGAACUCUGACGACUACAAAGACCUGUUGUGGACCACCUUAUCGGAAUUCCCAGGACUGCUGGUGACACUGUGGGCCAUCGAUCGACUGGGCAGGAGGAAGACCAUGGCGUUGUGUUUCUUCGUCUUCUCCAUGUGCAUCAUUCCCCUGUAUGGCUGCCUCGGGAGAGCACCCAUGACAGUGUUGAUAUUCAUCGCCAGAGCUUUCAUUGCGGGAGGAUUCCAGGCUGCUUACGUGUACACUCCAGAGGUGUACCCAACAGCAACCAGAGCUUUAGGUCUGGGAAUGAGCAGUGGAAUGGCCAGAGUCGGUGCCCUUAUUACACCUUUUGUUGCCCAGGUGAUGUUGGAGUCAUCUAUUUACCUGGCUCUUUCCGUGUACUGCUGCUGCUGCCUCCUCGCCGCCAUCGCCUCUUGUGCACUGCCAAUUGAGACAACGGGCCGGGGCCUGCAGGAGUCGAGCCACCGCGAAUGGGGCCAGGAGAUGGUGGGUCGGGCCUCCUCCCAAAGCUCAGGGGGAAUUCCUCCCUCCACCCCUGUUUCCCAGGACUGAGGACAUGUUGGCAGGAGCACAAUUGAGAUUUGAGGACCAGUGAGGAAAAGACGUGAGAAGAGGCAAAAGAAAAAAAAAGCUAAUCCAGCUUUGGUGUCCAGCUCCAGUCCCACUUUAUGACUCCUCAGUUUCGGCACCAGAGUGGCUUCAGAGAGCCAGGCACAAUAUUACAAAUCUUAUCAUGUCGUCUUUGACCGCUAUUGCUGUCAUAGUUUGGCCACUUCUUAACUGGAACAACAAAAUAACCAUCACAGGUACAAGAUUGAGAAAAUAAAUGGUGGAUAAAAUGUGAAACAUUCUUGAAUGAAUGAAUUGAAUGAAUUCAAGUAAAGCAUUUAAAUCCUUCUAAUGGAAAAAAGAAAAGUAGAACAAAGAGGGUCUAACGGUUAACUCUGUUCCGAGUUUGGGCUUGAGAGAACUUCUCUUGUCUGUUGUGUCUGUUAGCGUAGAUCCACGAUACGGAGAUAAGGGUGAGGACCGUCUUGUGCACACAAAUUGUUGGUUAAGAAACACAAGCUUUUUAACUUGUAUAUGGCAGGUGUGAGGAACACGUCCUCAUUGACAAAUCAAAAGACAAUUAGAUGAAAUACAGUCUGGGGUUACAUUGUUGAAGAUUGUGCCAGUGAAAGGACAUACUGUACAGACAGACAGCCACCGUGUCGAACCCUGUGUUUGUAUCAUUUCACAUUUCAACAUGGAUCAUUGUUUUCUGCUGGAGCCACAAACCGUUUCAUUCACAACAACCCAACAAAUCUGCCAAAACCUUCAUCAGAAGAUAAUAAACAUACAGUCAAAGAUAUUUCAUAGUUAGUGCACAUCUAGAAACAGUCCACAGAUGCUGGGCUGCAUUUAAAGAAAGAAUUAUGUACAUUGACGUUAACGUAUUAUGAAACUAAAAGCAGACCCGACCUAGAUAGUAAGUGUUAAAUGAUUUUAAGGAAUUACAUUAACAAAAAUAUUUGGUGUUGCAUUCUCUCCUGUACCAGACCUCGAGGCUCUGCACACACAGACCUACACACGCGUAUACGCAACGGCCCAGCAGGGUGGUCCGUUCUGUCUUCCUGUAAAUAAUGUAUCUACACCUGGUUGAGUUGUUGUCUCUACUUUUGUUUGUAACAAAGGUGAUGAGAAGACACACUUUGCUCAGUCUGAGUGACACACUGAGAAAUGUUUUGUUUAAGAGACAAACUUAAAAGAGAGAUUCACCAGUUCAGGUCCGGCCAGCUGACUCUUUACCUGCCAGUGUUUGAUUCAUAGUGCUGCAUUAAAUGUAUGUGUGCACACAUUAUUGUCAAUGCACUGGAUGUAAAUGUGUAUGAUAUUAUCGUAAAUAGUAGAACAAAAACA